GCCAGUUGCUAAGCUGCAAGUGUAGACUGUGGUCGCAAGCAACAUGAAAUCAACAACAAGGACUGAAGAAGCCAGACAGAAUCAGAUUAGUAGUUGUUAUUAGCUAGCUAUUGAUUCCGGUCUUAACCAUUCUAUUUUCACCAAUCAUAGCUAGAGAUAUUCUACUGGCAAUUAGCUUAAAAUGCAGCUCCAAGAGAAGCCGACAGUGGACAUGAAGCGGAGAAGUUGACCUUUUAUCUGUCUCUUCUGCCACACAGAGCUAGUUGCUUCUUGUUCAUUCAUUGGAGAGAAGCUAAAAGUCUCAUCAUACAGUCAACACACCUGAAGCAACUAGCUCUGUGUGAAUAAUAACACUGUUGAGUGUUGGAUGCCCAAGAAUCACCAUGGCUGUGGCCAACACCACCAAAACAUCAUGGAGAUUACAGGAGAUUGUAGCCCACUCCAGUAAUGUGGCGUGUCUGGCCCUGGGGAAGAACUCAGGCCGUCUGCUAGCCACUGGGGGAGAGGACUGCCGAGUCAACAUCUGGGCAGUCAGCAAACCCAACUGCAUCAUGAGUCUGACAGGCCAUAAUAACCCAGUGGAGUGUGUAAAGUUUAAUAACUCUGAGGAACAGGUGGUGGCUGGCUCUCAGUCUGGAUCACUGCGCGUAUGGGACCUGGAGGCUGCAAAGAUCCUAAGAACUUUAAUGGGACACAAGGCCAAUAUCUGCAGCUUGGACUUCCACCCGUUUGGGGAAUACCUGGCAUCAGGCUCCAUGGACACCAACAUCAAGCUGUGGGAUGUACGGAGAAAGGGCUGUGUGUUCAGGUACAAGGGUCACACUCAGGCAGUAAGGUGCCUGGCUUUCAGUCCAGAUGGGAAAUGGUUGGCCUCUGCUAGUGAUGACAGCACCAUCAAGCUGUGGGACCUGACUGCAGGGAAGAUGAUCACAGAGUUUACAGCACACACCGGAGCCAUCAACAUCAUCCAGUUCCACCCCAACGAGUAUCUGCUAGCGUCAGGCAGCUCUGACAGGACCAUCAAACUGUGGGAUCUGGAAAAGUUCAAGAUGAUUGGCUCUUCAGAGGGAGAGAUGGGAGCAGUCAGGUGUCUGGCCUUUAACCUGGAUGGCUGCUGUCUGUACAGUGGAGCUGUGGACUCUCUGCGUGUCUAUGGCUGGGAGCCCGACCGCUGCUUUGACGUGGUGCCAGUGGGCUGGGGCAAGGUGGCAGACCUGGCUAUCUGCAACCACCAGCUGAUUGGCGUGUCGUACAAUCUGACGAAUGUUUCGUCCUACGUGGUGGAUCUCACGCGGGUGAGGAAGUCUGGCUCUGUGAUCCAAGGCGUAAUCCAGGACGACCAGCCGCUCACAGAGCCCUCCCCGAAAGGAUCCACGCUGCGACGCAACUACGACCGACCCCUGACCACCUGCAGCACACAGAGGGUAAAGCAGAGUUCUGAGUCAGACCGGCGCAGUCCAGAGGGGGAGAGGAGGAGCCCCAGCAGUGAGGACGAGAAGGAGUCCUCCGCCGAGAUCCGUAACCCUGAGGACUACAAAGAGAUCUUCCAGCCAAAGAGCGCCAUCUCUCGCACCCCCCCAAAGAGUGAGCCAUUCCCUGCGCCUUUAGAAGAUGAGAGUUUUGUGGUGAGGGCUAACCAAGGGCUGGUGGAGCUCAUGACUCCUAUGACUGACAGACAGCAGCCCGGCCUGUUGAAGAACCUUCCAGUGGCCUCGUCCACUCCGGUCCUGAGGGUGGAGCCUACCGUGGUCGCCACGGCGCCCCGUCCCAUCCCCGUGGUAACCGCACGAUCUCCGACCUCUAACCACCCCCCUGCACCCCACCCAGCCCCCCCACCGGUCGUUGCUAUGGCGAAGGCCAAACCCCAGCCUAGCGUCAUCCUCUCCACCAGGAAUGAACCAAUAGGACUCAACGUGGGAGAUUUCCUGCCUCCUGCUCGUAACAACCGGCCCAGUGUGCUGGGUGAUGACGAGGCUCUGGCCCAGAUCAGAAAGGGCCAUGACACCAUGUGUGUGAUGCUCACCAGCCGACACAAGAACCUGGACACCAUCAGAGCUGUGUGGGGCAGCGGGGACGUCAAGACCUCCUUGGACUCGGCUGUCUCGAUGAAGGAUCUCUCUAUCGUCGUGGACAUCCUCAACAUCGUUAACCUCAAACCGUCGCUAUGGAAACUGGACCUGUGUACUGCUAUCCUGCCCCAGAUUGAAGAGCUGCUGCAAAGCAAGUAUGAGAGUUAUGUGCAGACGGGUUGCAUGUCUCUGAAGUUGAUCCUGAAGCGUUUCUGGCCUCUCAUCUCAGACACCCUGACAGCGCCCCCCUCUGUCGGAGUGGAUAUAACACGGGAGGAACGCCACCAGAAGUGCAAGGCAUGCUACAAGCAGCUGAAGAACCUCAGCAAUGUGGUGAAGAACAAGGCCGACCAGGUGGGUCGCCACGGCAGCGCCUUCAAAGAGCUGCAACUGCUCAUGGCCCCACUGGACUACUGACAGUCGACUAUGCAAUUGGAGACACGCACAGAUCCACAGACCCAAAAUGGCUGAGCACUGUGCUGUGAGGACUCAAGUCCGACUGACUGAUGGCUGCAUUCUCUCAUCUACCGGAGUGGUAAAUCAGGGGACAAUCACAGAUUCACACUGUGUGUGGAUGGACUGAAGCAGUGGACUGAGCGGGAUAUGAGUCCUGUGUCCAGAAGGAGUCCAUGUUAGAACUCAUGGAGUAGCUGUGUGCUCAGGACGCAGCUCUCCUAUUUAAACACUGGGCACUUAUGAUUCCUUAAUCUGUGUCAGAGUAUGUAUUUGUGUGAGAAAUGAUGUCCUCGGUGACCUUGACUUGCCCACCACAGAUGAGCACACACACUUUUCAUAAUUCCUCCACGCACACAAACACUUAUGGCACACAGACCUGACUAGGGCCGGGUUUCAAUCCAUUUGUGGGUUAUAGGCAUUGCCUUUAAAAGCCGCAAUGUUCACGCGGAGAUCCUAUACACAGGAAAGGCUGCAUAUGUCGGCUCAAUCGGAAAUUGCCUAUAACCUGCCAUCGGAUUGAAACCCAGCACGUGUUCAGGUGAUUGAAGCAAUGAUGGGUGUACGGUGUGAUUUCUAUUUAAAUAUUCUCUCAAUCUUUUUCUACAUUCUGUACCUGAGAUGUCGACCCUAGAUGCACUCUUUGAAAGUAUUGUUAACACUAAAAGAACAUGUUUUUCAAAAAAAGUCUAACUUUAGGCAUGUUUCUGGAGUUGAUCAGCAACAAGACUUCCGGAAUUGAAAGGAACAACACUUGUCAAGAUGUGUGUAAUUCCACUCUAACAGAGAGCAGCACUGUUCUAGCUGGUUGGGAAGGUACUGUUUGAAAGGUGCUACAGAUGUCCAAAAUUAAAAGAACAAGGCAGACUAGCCCAUCCACCA